AUGAGUUAUGGUGGUGGCGGCGGCUAUCCCCAGCAAUCAGCUCCAGGUGGAUAUGGUGGUGGUUAUCCACAACCGGGUGGUUAUCCACCUGGUGGGGCUGGGAUGCCCACUCCUGAAUCUGCCUCAGCUGCUGCGUAUGGGCCAGGAGGAGGAGGUCUGCCCUAUGCACCGCAACCCGGCGGUGGUCAAAACAUUGGGUUUGGUCAGCCAGGUUAUCCAGCACAGCCGGCAUAUCCUGCACAAGGAGGUUAUCCAGCUCCGGCUGCUGGAUACACUCCAGCCCCUGGAGGUUUCGGAGCACCAGCUCCAUAUGGAGCAGGAGGUGUAGGAGGUCCUACACCUGGCUACGGAGCACCUCCGGCUUCUCAGCCAGGUUAUGGAGCACCUCCAGCUUCUCAACCUGGGUAUGGGGCUCCGCCAGCUUCUCAACCGGGGUAUGGAGCCCCACCAGCUUCGCAGCCGGGGUAUGGUGCCCCACCGGCUUCUCAGCCUGGGUAUGGUGCCCCACCGGCUUCUCAGCCGGGGUAUGGUGCCCCACCGGCUUCUCAGCCGGGGUAUGGAGCUCCGCAGGCACAAGCUGGAGGAUAUGGAGCACCCGCUGCAGGCUAUGGAGCACCUGCUGCAGGCUAUGGAGCACCUGCUGGGGGCUAUGGGGCACCAGCUGGGGGCUAUGGAGGAGGUGCCCCAAAUCCUGCACAGUUUAAAAUCUAUGAGGAGGGAACUCUCAAACCAUUCCCCAAUUUUAAUGCAGAACAGGAUGUGCAAGUACUUAGAAGAGCCAUGAAAGGGGCAGGCACCGAUGAGAAGGCAGUAAUUGACAUUCUUGGUCGUCGCACAUGUGACCAGAGACAGCAAAUCAAGCUCAUGUACAAGACUUGCUUCGGUCGAGAUCUGAUUAAUGAUCUAAAGAGUGACUUAGGAGGUAACUUUGAAGAUGCUUGUGUUGCUUUGCUGAUGAAAGCAGAUGAGUAUGAUGCCUAUGAACUGCGUCGUGCCAUGAGGGGAGCAGGAACAGAUGAAUCAGCUUUAAUAGAAAUAUUAUGCACAAGGACAAAUGCACAAAUUCAUGCCAUCAAUGCUGCAUACAAACUGAUUUAUGGGCGUAAAUUGGAGGAUGACAUCAUCAAUGAAACUUCUGGACACUUCAGGAAGCUCCUGGUCUCAAUGUCUGUGGGUGGCAGACAAGAAAAUCAGCCUGUUGACCUAAACAAAGCAAAAAUAGAUGCCCAGAGAUUGUAUGAAGCUGGUGAAAGAAGAUGGGGAACUGAUGAGAACACCUUCAACAUGGUUUUGGCCUCCCAGAGCUACGAACAAUGUAGGGCAGUAUUUGCUGAGUACGGCCAGAUUGCCAAGCACGACAUAGAACAAGGAAUUGCUAAAGAGCUGUCAGGAGAUGUCAGCAAAGGAAUGAUCACAAUUGUGCGAAUGAUUAGAAGCAAGCAGUCCUACUUUGCAGACAGACUUUACAACUCCAUGAAGGGCUUGGGUACAGAUGACAGGACACUAAUCCGCAUAAUUGUAACCCGAUGUGAGGUGGACAUGAAACAGAUCAAAGCGGAGUUUCAGAGGUUAUUCGGAAAGACACUGGAAGCCUUUGUCAGGGAUGAUAUCUCUGGUGAUUAUCGCAAACUGAUGCUGGCCUUAGUCUCCUAG